AGCUAUAUCAUAUCCACCAUAAAGCCGCGAACGGUAAACACAGCAAAACAGAGGCAGCUUCACUUGGUUUACUGUCUGUUAAAUUCUGUUUAAAUUAUUGUAAAGUCUUAAAGAAAGGUACAUUAAUCUUCAUUUGAAAUGGAGCAAUCUGGAAAUCAAGCCCAACAUCAUCACGCUGGCGCUGGACAGAUGGAAACUGAAAGGAAAGAGCGUGAUCAAGUCCUUGCCACAACAACACUUGAGAAGAACCAGGGAGCCAAAACAUCGGACCAUUAUAGAACACAAAACCUUCCACACAGAUUUGAAAAUCCUGACGUAUUUGAAGGGUACAAUCACAAACCACAGAACCCUCUCUAUUACACUACCAACAUGGGAUAUGGCAGUAUACCUCCCACCGUCGACACGGUACCCACCUGUUUCCAUGCAAAAACAAACAAGUUCUCAGAGCAUUUAGGUAAAUGUGGCAUGUACCGCAAUGAAGGACUUAACACAGGCAUGGAAUCAAGCUGAGCGUGAUGAGCAGAUGACAUGCUAGCUUCAUGAUCUCAACAGUCAGACACAAAUAUUUAUUCAGCCAAAGUAAAAGAGAGACAUUGCUAUGAGGUUAUCACUUUUGAGAACACAAGAACAACAAAUUGUUUUAUGAAUUCCAUCGUUUGAGAAUCAUAUAUUUAGUAAGUUCUACAUUUAGAGAUAUACAUGUAUUCAUCUUUAUGACUAAUUUGAUAACUCAUGUGUUGCAGGAGAUUACUAGUUGUGUUAUAUACAAUUCACUCUGUACAUAUCUUAAAAAUAGAGAUGGAUAUUUCUCCUUUGUUCUUUUACAAAUUUAAAUGUUUAAAGGUCCGUAUAGUCCAGCAGGCCAGACUGCAUGUUGCGUUAAUUCUGUCUAACUUAUUUGGAAGAGAUUUAUAAAGCACAUGUAUACAACCAAAGAGGACCAAGUACACCACCAAUCAAAUGCUUUACCUUGGUUAGUUACCGGUAUAGCUUUUAUAAGACAUCCUUAAUUGUAUCAAUUGGGAUGAAAUUUAUAAUGCAUUACCUUUUUAAAGAGGAAUAGUUGAGCAAGUGCUAAAAUAGAUUGCUAAUGUUAAAGUUAUGUCUAACAAUAAACUUAUUGAGAGUGAUUUGUUUAUUAUGAUCUGAAGACAUACCAACGUUACCUCUGGGAUGAUAUGAUACAGCAAUCACAUACUUAUUCCAUUAUGUUCUAGAAUUAUUAUACAUGUAGUCUUUAAUAUUGAAGAUUUACACAUUAUGGACACAUACAUGUAACUUAUUGUUAUUUCAGCCACAUGAUCUAGCUUUUGUAGAUCUGAUGCUCAUUCAAAGUAAAAAAUAUUUCAAAGUUAAGAUCCAACCGUGCAAAUACAAAAUGAUAUCAGUCAGGUAUGAAACUCUUGUAGCUUUGAACAUAACUCAUCUCCUUUAUGUAUUCACACCCACAUACAUGUAUGUUUGCAUGAAUGAGAAGGAACGGACUCCUCUAGAAUUUGCGACUAAAUUUUGUUGACUGGGGCAGCAUCUCAUCUCAUCUACAUGUAUGCAAGUUUGCCAACAUUAUAUUGAAAUGCAUGUUAAUUCAUGACUGUGUUUCAAUGGUAUGUUCACAAACUUGAGUCUGCAUGCCCGGCAGCCCUGAUAUUUAGCUUAGUAGAAUGAUCUCACUGGUCAAACAAACAUAAUUAUUUUAUUAAAACUCGGUAUCAAAUAAGAAUUGGGGUGCAGCAAACCAGAAAUGUUUCCAAAGAGAGGUAUGUCAGAGAUGUGUAUAUUACAGUUGCCAGCCUUCAAAUUUGUAGUUGAUUUUGAUCUCCUUGUAUCGUUUGCAAUGUGUAAAUCUUGAGAAUUGAAACUCUUUGGGAAGGCAUAUUGAAGUCUGGAAUAGCCAAGUUGUAUGAAAUUAUUUGCCGUAAAAGAUUUGGUUUAUACUAGACAGAAAUAACCGUCUGGUACUGACGUUUGUCAGCCUUUGGCUCAGGCGCUUAGUGGGGACAGACUUAGUCUUAGACCGAAGCUUUUGGACUAGAUUUCAUUAGAAUUGUUGGCUAUAUAUGGCAAAUGUGGUGAAGUAUGGCAUUACAGUGAUGGUACUCACUUUAGAGCUUUCUUCAUGUUCCCUAAUGCCCAUUUAAAAUGCUUUGUGUGUACCAUCUUCACAAUAUUUCAUGCAGAUGUUUAAUACACUACCAAAAAUGUAACAUGAAUUUUUUUCAUUUUUAUUUCUUUCAUUGUAUCACGAAUUUGAGAAUAAAUAACUAAUAUGUAUAUAUAUUGUAUUU